AUGAAAUACAAGGAGAAUUGCUUUGGCAAUUUGACCAAAUUAGUUCAUCUUGAUUUGAGGAAUUGUGACUUCAAUGGCUCCAUUCCCUCUCAACUUUUUCACCUGAGGAAUCUUCAAUAUCUUGACUUGUCCGUCAAUUCAAUACAAGGAGAAUUGCCACGUGAUGGCUUUGGCAAUUUGACCAAAUUAGUUCAUCUUGACUUGUGGAAUAAUCCCUUCAUCAAUGGCUCCAUUCCCUCUCAACUUUUUCACUUGAGGUAUCUUCAAUAUCUUGAUUUGAGUUCCAUUUCAUUCCAUGGUACUCUAAGUGGAGAAGUAGCAUCUCUUCAAAAUUUGAGGGUAUUGAAACUGGAUGCUAUUUUUUAUUCGGAAAAUGAGCUUCCUAAGGAGAUAUGGAAUUUGACAAAAUUACAUCAUUUGUCUCUUGCUGUAAACAAUUUCUUUGGUAAAAUUCCGUCUUCAUCAAUUAUGAAUUUGAAGGAAUUAGAAACAUUGGACUUGAGUGACAAUUCAGUGUCAAUGGAAAUUCCUAUUGAUAUUGGCAAUCUAACAUAA